CUUCAAACUACCAUCAGUUGCAAGGCAUCCAGCAUUUGCUCAACAUGAAGAUCACCCUAGUACUCGUAAUCCUCGCCACCUUCCUCGGCUGUGCGAUGAUCCACCAGUCGGAGGCGGCCUCAUCCCCCACGACCACUUCUGCCACGGCCACCACCACUACUUCCGCCUCGGCCACCACCACUACUUCCGCCGCGGCCACCACCACUACUUCCGCUUCGGCCACCACCACAACUGCAGCCUCAUCCAGCAGUGAAAAAAAGAAGAAGACUGUCAGGCACACUAGGAAGAAGACCAAGAAGUCCGAUAAAAUAACGAAAGUCAGGAGGAGAAGGGGUCUCAAGAGUCGCAGCAGUAGGAACCGCAGAUCGAAAGAAUAAGCGAUCCAGGAACAAUCCACGGCAAUCCCGAUGCUGAACCCCAUGACCGAAAUGUUUUUUUAGUUUAUAAGCUUAAUACUUUUAUAUGUCAUCUGCAAGUCAAUUAAAAAAUCAUAAAAAAAAAUAUUGCCUAGACAUUGGGAAAGAAAACGCAGGAUACGAUGGUGUUGGUAAUCAAGACGAACCGGUUUUGGUUUAUUAA